GCCGAAGUCAAUGAAUAUAAACAAAAUUUUCACACAUUCAUCCCUAAAUUCUUAUAAGAAUGUUUUAUAUUAAAAGAUUCCUUUACUUUGUUCUCUCUGUAAUAAUAAUCAGCCUGACAGGACAGGUAACUGGAUCUCCUGGUGAUAAAAGUCCAUAUUAUGGGAACUGUGUCAAUAAUUGUCUUAAGAAAACAUGUCAAAACAACGUAAUGCUGUAUAAGAAAGGCAUGGAAGAGAAAUUUAUUGAUCACUUGAUAGAUUUGUGGAGAUAUAGGAACUUUGAAAUUAGCACGUUUGAGAAUUUAAUAACAUGGAAUUGCCGCGAUGAGUGUAAAUAUCAAUGCAUGCAUAAAACAACGAAUGCCUUUAUAGCACGUAAAUGGAAGAUUCCUCAAUUUCAUGGAAAGUGGCCAUUUGUUAGGAUAUUAGGCAUCCAGGAACCAGCAUCAGUAUUCUUUUCACUCCUCAACUUUUUUGUGCACUACAAAGGACUUUUACAAUUUAGACAUGAUGUCAGACCAGAUGCACCACUUUACAAGCUAUGGCACACUUUCUCUGUCAUUUGUCUUAAUGCAUGGACAUGGUCGACAGUGUUUCAUGCUCGAGACUAUCCUUUAACUGAAUUGUUUGACUAUGUGUUUGCCUACUCAAUGGUCUUAGCUUCUUUUUGGUGCAUGAUUCUUAGAGUGAUUCAUGGUAGAUCGAAAAGGAUGACUGUAGCUAUAACAUUAUUGUGUGUACUCUACUUCCUCAAUCAUUUCGCUUACCUAAGUUACAACGCUUUCGAUUAUUCAUACAACAUGCGAGUUAACAUUCUUACAGGAGUGAUUGGAGGAAUAGGAUGGGUAGUUUGGUCUUUGUCGCAAAUUAAAAAGAGACGUUAUGUAUGGAAAAUGCUAGUUUUUGUAACAUUAGCUUUAUCGACCGUAAUAUUGGAAGUUUAUGACUUCCCACCAGUCCUAUGGGCAUUCGAUGCUCACUCAUUAUGGCAUCUAUCGUCGGCUCCAAUUACAAUUUUAUUCUACAAAUUCAUUACCGAUGAUUGUGUUCAAUUGCGAAAAGAAGCAAUAGCUGAGGAAAGACAGAAGCUAAUAUAAUUCCGUACUCAAUUAAUACCAUAUAUGACAGUGUCAUAGUUUGUUAAUUAUUUUUAUAAUUUUGUGAUUAUCUAGUCAAAAUGACUUUUUUGUUUUUAACGGUUUUCUUAAAUUUAAAUUAUUUGAUAAACUAUUGAACAGUUUUGAAACUUAAUUCAAAUUUAAAAUGACCG